UACACCUAGAAUGGCUUGAGGGUGGAGUGUAUAAAAUCUGGACAACUGGAGUGUAUAAAAUCUCCAUGGCUCUUUAACGUGAUUCUAAUCCACAGCAGCAGAGGGCGCUCGUGCUGCGUUAACAGUGAGGUAUUAGAUAAACAUGAACCCUGAUUCAGGUCAGUCUCAAAUGAAUUAAUUAGUUGUCAUUUAUAAUAUUUAUUUUAAUGUACUUAUUUAUAUGGUUAUAUGUCAGGUGAAUAGCUUACAUGGUGCAGUCAAUAUCGUGAAGCUCCUGAAGAGUCGAGGGGUGAAGCUCCGGUAUGUUUUAGAUGAAGGCCUGGCAGUGCUGGACGGUGUCAUAAGUGGCCUGGAUGGACCUGCUGCCUUAAUAGGUAUCAGUGAGAAGGGUCAGGCCACAGUAAAACUGAGUGUCAGCAGCGCUCCAGGACAUUCAUCCAUUCCGCCCAGAGAGAGCAGCAUUGGCAUCUUGGCUUCAGCUGUCAGAAGGUUGGAGGAAAAUCCGAUGCCCAGACUGUUUGGUUAUGGUCCUGAGCGUGACACAUUUGAACACCUGGCACAAAAGAUUAACAUAAUCCCGUCAUAUGCUGAACCUUUGGUCAAUUUCCGUAUCCACUCAGCCCAAACGCUGCAGGAGGUUAUGGAUUUGGUCAAGUCAACCAUAUCAGAUGAGCGUGUGAAGGUAGAGAUGGUCGAUGGAUUCGACCCACUGCCCAUCAGCUCCUAUGAUGAGCAGGCUUUUGGGUUCCAGGUCAUAAAGAAAACAGUGCAGGUCAUGUUUCCUCAGCUCACAGUGGCCCCUGGUGUAUGUGUUGGCAGCACUGACAGCCAGCACUACAAGGACAUCACCCGAGACAUAUAUCGCUUUGCACCACUGUGGUUCAAACCAGGUGAUCCUCAGAGAUUCCACGGUGUGAACGAGAGAAUCUCCAUCCAAAACUAUCAAGAGAUCGUGCUGUUCUACUUCUACUUUCAACUCAUGCAGAAUAGUGACAUUAGGAAGUUGCCGCCACCUCACACCUAAAACGAACAGAUGUCAUGCUUUGGAAUUCUGUGGAAUUUAUAAGCUUUUUUCUGACCAAAUGAACAUGAAUAUAAAAUCUCCACAAAACAUAUUUUAUUCUAUGUUCACGUACAGUACUGUGCAAAAGUUUGUGGUCAGAUUUAUUUAUUUAUUUAUUUAUUUUUUUUUGGAAAGAAUACUUAUAUUCAGCAGGGAUGCAUUAAUCUGAUCAAACAAGAUUCUAUUCAUCACAGUUUCCCCAAAAAUAUUAAGCAGCACAAUGCUUUUCAAAAUUGAUAAUAAGAAAUAUUUCUUGAGCAGCAAAUCAGCAUGAUUUCUGAAGGAUUUCAUAAUGAUGCUGAAAAUUCAGCUUUGAUCACAGGAAUAAAUUACACUUUAAAAUAUAUUAAAUUAGAAAACCAUUAUUUUAAAUUGUAAUAAUAUUUCACCAUAUUACUGUUUUUAAUGUAUUUUUGAUCAAAUAAAUGUAUCCUUGGUGAGCCUAAGAGAUGUCUUUCAAAAGCAUAAAAAAAACUGACUGACCCCAAACUUUGAAAAAUUACUGUAAAUAUAUUCCCUGCAAACAAGCCUGCACUGUCCCUUUACGGGCCCACUUAGGGCUGCCAGCGCAGGGCCCCUGAGAAUUUGCUCAUUGGCAAAACGUUGGCCCCUUAGCGCUGGCCCUGCAUGGGCAGCCCUCACUUAACCUCCAGGAAGCCUUAGCGCUGUUUUAUUGAAAAUAAUAAAGCUUGAAGUCACCGUUAUGGAGGUAAGCACUUGCUUUAGUUGGGCUCCUGACCCUUGACUUCUUAACUUUAAUGUUUCUGAAGCACGUUUAUUACAGCAAAAGUUGUGAGAGAAAAAAAAACUGAUCUGAUGAUUCAGUCAUCUUGUAGUGUCCAGAUUCACUGAUUUCUAAGAACAUUAUUUAGAUUUAAUGAUUUCACAUUAUAGGAGCUCUAGAAUGUCACUGCAUAAGUUUUUGUCCUGCUUUAAUAUUUUGAAUGUUAAUUCAUGAUGUAGAAGUUAUUCAGACAGGCUCUUGUCGACACAGACAUCAAGCUUCAAGCGUAUGAACCUCAACAAUGGUGACAAUCAACAAAAUAUUCAGAUCAACUCUGAACAUCACAAGACAAGCUACUGAAGGGCCAGCACUAAGGGGCCAACGUUUUGCCAAUGAGCAAAUUCUCAGGGGUCUGUGCUGGCAGCCCUAAGUGGGCCCGUAAAGGGCCAGUGUAGGCUUGUUUGCAGGGUUUCUUCUUUUGCUUGAAAUGAUGCAUUUAAAAUGACAUGAUUGACCACAAAAAUGAAUUUCUUGAAAUUCCUUUCUAUAUAUCUUUAGGUAUGACUGGAUGAGUUAACAUUUUAAAUACAAAUUGCUAGGUUACUCAUGCCAUACCAGUGUAAAUAUAAGAUAGCAGAAUACAGUAAGUAACAUUUCCUGCCUUAUUGAGGUUUGUUUACAAUUAUUUUUUUUUACAGUUAUUUUAGUUUUAAAAGUUAUGCAUUAGCUUUAAAAGUUAUGUAUGCAUCUUCUGUCCAUGUAAAAUACGCCUUCCAAUAUUUCAGUUUUCUCAAGAUUUUCUUGUUAUUGAAAAAAAAGCUGUUGUGUUAGUGCUGGGUAACUCAAGGUUAAUUUUGAGGCCAGCAGCAGCACUUACAGAGUAACUCUGUAAAUGAAGGACGUCUGGUCAGCUGGGUUUACAGUUUGCACACACAACCUCUGGCUUGCCUACACUCUGCUCCUAUUCACUAAAUAGAAUAUCUUAGAUUUUGCAUUUUUAUGUAAUAUUUCACAAGGAGUCUGCUGUAUGUCCAGAGUUUGUAUUUUUGACUUUGCUCUGUCACACUGUCAAUGAUUAAUAGUCAAACGUUACAUGAAAAGUAUUCAGUAUUCAGAUGUUUAUGGAGCUGGCUGAGAUGAUAGUUGCCCUAUACAGAAGUACUGUAGACUCCUGCAAAGCCGUCAAGAUGCAGAGAGCAGAUAAAGACUCCUCCAGAAGGACCUUUUGACACCGUCUUUAUGUAGUUUAUAACCUCUUAUGUAUUUUACCUUUGUUUCAUUGCUUUCAUUGGUGUCAAAAUCUAGUCAAUAUUUUCCCUGGCUGCAUCGCCUUACUGUUCCUUAAACAUUUUUAUUUAUUGGUUUAAAGAGUAGUAAAAUAGGCAUUAUUCAUUAAAGCUGCUGUCCGUAACGUUUUUUGUGUUCAAAAUUGUUUACCAGAUCUGAGCCACAAGCAGGCCAUAGCAAUGCCACAUGUCAGAGCAAAGAAAUAAACCAGAACUGGACCUUAUCUGAGCCACAAAGUCUUCAUAUAUGAUUUAUAGAAUCAUCUUAGCAAUAACAAGCCUUUUAACAAGCAGAAUCACUGAAGGAAAGAAGAGAACAGAAAAAAAGAGACAAACAGAAACACAAGAGCUACAACUGACUACAGCCACAGCCUCAGAUGAAAUCAACUGAAGAUAAAAGAAUACAUUAAAUCUCUCAACUCCACAAACAGCAUUACAGCUUCACAUAUUACUAACCACAUUGACUUUAUUUCUGUCAUUCAUCUACUGAAGUGCUUAUUGAGAAUUAAAAGAAGUUUAACGUU